CGUUGCGGCGGCGACGGCGACCACGGUGCCCUCGUUCACCUUGCCGGCAACCUGCUCGGGGAUGAGCACGCCGGCCUUCGUCUGCUUCGCCGCCAGCGUGCGCUUCACCAGCACGCGCGGGCCAAGCGGCUGCAGCUUCCUCAGGGCGGAGAACGUGGCGCGGAACAUUGGCGAGAGUGUGGGUUUCUGUUGCGGCUGUUUCUCGUAAAAAUAAAAAGAAGAAGUGACUUCCUUGUUUUUUCUGUUUUGCGUGUCGCGGUGGUCGCUUUCGCUUUUUUCUUAUUGGCAACGGGGGUGGGAGCAAAAGCGGGAGGUGGCGGCGGAGGCAGCAAAACGUUUACUGGAGGAACAGACGCAGAGACAAGAAAGCAGCAGCGUGCAUGCCUACGAAGUACUUUGGCCCUUCGAUCCCGUCGCUGGGGGUGUUUGGCAAAAGACAUGGCAACAAAAACUGCCAAACAGAAAGGAGUUGAAGACGAUGCGGCAGGGCCUCAAAUGCACGGCUCACGUCUCGUCUAG